ACUCCGGACCUAUAAAACCUAGUACAAUGCACAGUGAGCCAUCAGUCUACUAUUCCUUCUAGUUCCAUCAACAGCACUUCAGCCACGAUGAAUUCCUUUAUUACUGCCAUUAUCUUAUUCGCAUACGUCGUCCUGGAAACUUCUACAAAACCUACAUACAACAGAGACGUGCCCUACGCCCCUUGCACGGUUCCAAACAGUAAAACCUGUUUCAUCAGCACGGCCUACACCCCUUUAUCUGUGCAAUAUUACUCUCGGAAUGAAAACGGGAAAAAUGUCUUUGGAUACGCUUAUCUGGGACAGGCUGCCUACAAUGUUCGGAAUGCAAACGGAUUUCAGAUUGGAAGUUGGGCUUACAUGAAUCCGGAAGGGAGGGAGAUCAACGUUGCAUACGUAUCCGAUUCCAAAGGGUACCGUGUUAUGUCAAACGAUUUGCCGAUUGCUCCUACUGAAACUCCCGAAGUUGUCGCUCUUCGAGCCAGACAUAUGGCCGCUCACGCUGCUCUCAAAACUAAAGUUGCUAAGCCUGAAGAAGAAGAUAAUCACGAUAAAACGGAUCCUGAAGACGAAGACUUAGCUAAGGAAAUUAACGCUGCACAGAUGGAAUUUAUGAAAGUUUUCCGUGAAAUUCAAGCAUUUUAAAAUCGAAAAUUUCAGUUUUUAACCUUGUACCUGUGGGCAUAUCGUAUAAACACAUUCAUUUCCCAUCUAUAAAAUUGCUUCAUAUUUUAAAAUCGGUGUUAUCACAAAGUAUCCGAAAUCAAUAAACACAAAUGAAAAGAACAUACUUAGAAAUCAAAUGCUGCCAGUUGAGAUGAAACGGAA